AACGUUACCUGCGCAAGAGUCGCAUUCCGUCGCCCACCUCCGUUAUUGCCCGUCAAGCCUCUGGAGGCUUUGAAGUUAAAAUUCAAAUUUAGAAAGUAUCAUACCACAGUGCUUGUGUCUGUUCCUGCGAAAAUGUACACGGUGCUUUAGAGAUUACAGAGAGAGAGAUGUCGGGAUUCGUGUGCGUCCUGAUUCUCGCCGGCGUCGCCUCCGCUCAAAUCACCCUGGACGGCAUCAGAUGCGGUCAGCUGAUAUGUCAGCUAGACGAAUACUGCUCCCCGGAGACCAACCGAUGCGCUCCGUGCAAUGUUGUCUGCAAUAAAACACACCAUAACUACGAUAGCGGCCUUUGCGUUAAGGAAUGCCAAGGUUAUCUAUUGGAUUUGAGGUACAUGCGACGUUCGGAGACGGCCCCGCCACCCAACGAUUUGGGAAGCAUACACCGUGAAGCUCAAACUGCUCUGAUCGUCAGCGGUGUGGCUCUGGCAGUACUGGUCCUAGUUCUCAUCAUAGUAUGCAGAGGAAGAGUCUCUUGGAGAUAUUUAAAGCAAAAGUUCCAGCCAGCCAAGAACCGCGUGAAGCAGUACCCUAAUGACUUGACGCAUCACAACCCUCAUGCCGAAGCGCCGAAACCGAAACCCGAACUCAAGCUCGAAAUACGAAACCCGGAUCCCCUAAGACGAACGAACCAACCUCUCAACGUGAAGGACUUAGAGACCAGAACCUCACAGUCGGAUAAAAGUCAAGGCGCAACCACGCCAAAGACGAUAAGCACCGCUCUUAGUAACAGGCAUCCGGCUGAAGAUACGACCUUAGAUUUCUCUUAUGAUAAUAUGGGGAUGAACGUGACUCCCCCCGGACAACCGGCUGCCAGUCACAAAUUCUAAAGUUCGGCGGCGAAACUGUCUCUUUCAUCGAACCGAAAACGUAACCGUAGCAUUUAGUUGAUCGAAUGGUAAAUCGAGGCCUAUAAAAUCAAAGGCAGCUAAAUCCAAGUCUGUCAAAUAUUCAGGUAAACUACAAAAAUCGGCCCUAAACACGUUAUUCCUCCCGAUACAUCGAAGUACUACUGCUCUUGCUAGGGCCAGUGUCAGCAACACUCCCGGUUUGAGAAACUGAAAUAACUUUGUACGGGUAGCUACGAUAUUCUUCAUUUUAAAGCAGAUUUAUAAAGAAUGAGAAUAUUACUAAUAAUCUGAAUUUUGAAUGAUAAAAAUCGUUUAUAUUUGACUACAGAGUCAAAAUAAAAUUUUUGAAUUGAAUUUGCUAGAGAUUUAGUUGCAUUUGUUAUAACAUGCAAAUACAGAAGCGUGUCCAACUAACUAAACAAGAUGGCGCCAUAGAUAAUCUAUUUUACUACAUUAAGGCGUUUAGCUGCCUUUGAUUUUAUAGGCCUCAAUUAAAGUUCAAUGCUAUCACAAAUUGGCUUAAGAUUUCUCGUAGAUAACAAUGACAUGAGCUCUGUUUAUGUGUGCGUGUCCAAUUUGGCCGUUAACACGGGAAGUGACAUUGGAAUAGUCGCACUGUAACAAAGUUCACGUCUAGUCAUGUUACCUUUGGAUAUAUAAAUAUAUAACUAUAUUUUUUUUAUCGCGCCUGUACUUUAGAGAUGAAUUCGCGAUACGCGCCAAGUUUCAGUUUUUACUUGUGACAUUUGCGUCACUCACAAAUGUCCAUUGACGAGUGCCAGCGCAUGAAUAAUACGCUCGAGGAUAAAUUGUACUCAUUUAUGAUUUUGUAAUAACGAACAAAAUAUCGAAAUAAACGCACGCGUGGUAAAUCAUUAUGUUUUCAUUGGACGCUUUCUUUUUAGUUUUGAAUAUAGAUUUUUUUCAACGGAUAUAAACAACGUUACAUACUAUAACGCAUAUUUUUAAGCUAUUCCUAACAUAUUUAGCCCUUUACGAGCAGCACUUUCAAUUUAAUUUAGUUAAUAGUUUUAUAAUUAAAGUAAUCAGAACACAUGCCACAAUUACUAAAGCUAUUUAAUGAAACAUUAUACGCUAACGCAUUUUUGUUUAUUUCAUUUGCAUUACGUAUGGAUUCUUGUUUUAUUAACAAUUAGCAGUAGUAUUGGUGUUAGGGGGGGAGAAGUAGAGAUACUAGUUUAAAUUAAUUUAUAAAUAAUAUUCAUUAAUAAUGAUAUCACAAUAUGUUGUUCGACAUCACAUUAAUUUAAUUAAUUAUUAAAAUUAAAUAUUCUUAUGAUCAAUUAACUUGAAUGUACUUAGAGUUAUAAGUGUUUAUUAAAAGUUAAGGGUAAUUACAUCCGAAUCACGAUAUAUUGUAUAUUUUGAAAAUGUUUAACAAAGUACUGUUAGUGGAUCUUAUUUCGAAAUUAAAUUCCAUCAUUUAAUUAUAUUUGCUCAAUCACAGUUAUGAUUUGAAAAAAUAUAAAAAAAUGUGAAAAAAUAUAAUUUACAAUUUAAAUUUACUUCCUAAUUUUUAAGGUAAAAAAUACGUGCAUUCAGCAGCAAUAACGUAAAGAGAUUAACAUAUCAAAUUAAGUAGUUAUUAUCAUUAUUCACGAACAUAUAAUGUGUAUCAUGCGUAGUUAAGAAAUACAUUAAUUUUUUUCGUAACAUUUUGGGGUUAAAUUGUUUAAAAUUAAAUUGUCUAUCUACAAUAAAAUUAAAAUAACGUACAAAGAUUUUUUUUUUUGUUUUAAAAAUAUUGAUACUAUUGUCUGUAUGUAAUAUAAUUUUUUUUUUGUUUCAACUAUAAAUUGUACAUUUACGUAACGAUUCGUAAAUACAAAAUCGUUGUAUGUAAUAAGUUUAUGUAUUAUACAACAGUUUUAUCAUGUUAUAUCGAGUUCAACUCGGGUUAAUAAACGUCACAGCUUGGUUAAGGUUCUCAUUUUAUUUGGGUAUGUGUUAAUGUUAAUGUUAUCAAUGUUUGUGUAAACAGUAAAUAACCGACGUUAUUGCUUUUUUUCGAUUGAAUGUUUAAGACCAAUGCAACAAGCUGCGUGAAGCGGUUCGUUAUUAGAUAAAAUAGGUUUUUCUGCUUUUUAAUUUUUAGGCGAAUGUUCUACAACGUUUUUUUUAUUGUUGCUCUACAGAUUACCGUAGAAAAAAGUAGAUUAAAGUAUUAUUUUUUAGUAAAACCUUAAAAAGUUAUUCAAGGCUCUCAAGUGAGUCGCCACGAUACUAUAAAUUAAAAAGAAAAAGAAAAAAAAUUAAUAUUUUUGGAAAAUUAAAAAUAUUUUAUCUUUAAUUAAAUUUUUCAAACGCCGUGUUACAGAACAAUUUUUUGGCAUAUUUUAUCACAUACUCGUAAUAGUUUUGCAAACUUGGUUUUUUUCGCUCAGUUAUGUGAACAUAUUAUCACAAAUUUGAAGGUGAACACGUUUUUUUUUGCAUAUGUUUUAGAUAGACAAUUUUUCUUUAUCUUAAAAAAGCAAUAACACCGGCUUUUCUUAUGUGUAUUGUGUAGUGUGAAUUGUUAUAAUUAAGGUAGUGACGUCUAUUAUAUGUUAUUUUUGUAUGUUAUCCUUGUUAACUUAAGCCUUGUUCACUAAAUGCCCUAUGAGAAAUUUGGAUUAUAGGCAUACUGAACUUUAAAUUGAUAUAGGUAUUUAGGGAUACUUAAUUACGGGAUAGACAUUUAAUUACUUUUCUAUUCCUAAAAUUUCCCUUAUUUUUUUACCCGUUGUCUGCAACACUUGUUUUCUGUUAUAACAGAAAACUCAUCUCUAAACGUUGCAAGCUAUCUCAAGUUUAGAUGAGUUCUAUUACGUUCUUGAUGGUCCGACCAAACUACACCGGACACGUUUUCGGGGGGUUAUUAAUGACAAUGCCAAUUCUAAAAGAAUACGGUUUAACCGAAUGUUACGGGAAUUAAAAAAAAUAAGCUAAUUAAGUUUGCAUUUAAGCGCGCCAUGAAACUGUAACGAUGACAGGUUUUUUGUUUUCAUUAAAAGUCGAAUUUAAAAGUCGACUGCGUUCGUGAACGCUUCUGGAUUAUUUAUUUCAAUUCAUAUUAACGUAAACUACAAUAUGUAUGUUGCCGAAGAGGAAAUGUUACGUGACCUCAUUAUUUUCCAUAUCCAUCGCAACUUAGGUUAUAAUGACGAUAGAAAGGUUCACGUUUUGGUUUUUCCGAAAAUCGAGGAAAAUGAAAUAAGUUAGGUUUCUAAAAGUAAGUACACAACUAUUUAUGGCAACAUUUUUCCACUAUCGGAGCAUUGAUAAGGUCCUAUUCUGAUGAAAUGUAUUCAUAUUGAUAGGACACGCACGACUAGUUUCACGUACUUUGACGAGAAGACAUAAUAAAUGCGUGUAUUAGAACUUCCAUAAAAAAAAAUUCAUUCAGCUAAAAUAUGUUGCAUUAUGAACUAUAAACACCUUUUUUGUUUAUUGUACUCAAUGCUUCUCUAAGUCUCGUAAAUCGUACGAAACUAUAUAUGUAUACCUACUUAAAUUCCUUACAUUUGACGUACCUAUUAGUAUGAGUAUAAUGAUCACGUAGUUACUACCACCCGUGAAUAAAUAUUCUAAAUUAGAAGCUCUUACAUAUCCCAUAAGGCGAUUAUACAAUUUCGUUAUGACUUACUGGUGGUAGGACCUCUUGUGAGUCCGCGCGGGUAGGUACCACCACCCUACCUAUUUCUGCCGUGAAGCAGCAAUGCGUUUCGUUUUGAAGGGUGGGGCAGCCGUUGUAACUAUAUUUGAGACCUUAGAACUUAUAUCUCAUGGUGGGUGGCGCGUUUACGUUGUGGAUGUCUAUGGGCUCCAGUAACCACUUAACACCAGGUGGGCUGUGAGCUCGUCCACCCAUCUAAGCAAUAAAAAAUAAAAUAAAAAAUUGCUUUAAAUUUCUUUCGUGAAGAGACAAUUUAUUUUAAAACGUUUUAUUAUUUUUUAGUUAAGAACUGUGUAACAGCCAUUCCAAAGGAUGGUGAGAACCAAUUUUGCUUAGAAUUUAUAAGCUGUUUCAAAUUUAUUUCAGUAAUAGGUUACGAGUAUUUCAGAUAGAUAUGUAUGUAUACUCAAAAAUAAAAUAUUUGGGUCGGGUCGAUUGAUUAAUACAAUGAUUUCUCAAAUCAUAGAUAAUAAAAACAAGUAAGACUUAUUUUCAAAAUUUGUAUCCAAAAAAAAUACAACUCAAAUAGGUUUUGGUAAUAAGUUCUGAUAGUGAGAACUAUGAAACUGUAUAUUAUUAUGAACAUUUUUGAUUGGUAUAUUUAAACAAUCUUCGUAAAUUUCAAAAUUAAUUUUAAUUAAAACUAAGUCAAACAAUUGUUCCCUAAGAUCAUUCAGUGAAUCACUAAUAAUAAUAUGGAUAGAUGCUUCACGGAUUUCUGCCUUUAUUACGUAAAAACAGAUCACCCAUACCUUUUUUGUUGAAUACAAGUUUUUCUCAUGACUGCUUUGUAAUUAUGAGUUUAAAAACGAACGUAAGAAUUUUUUUUUUUUUUACUAAUAGUAGACACUUAGGGCUGUAUGCAUGCGAUGCCUGUGUGCAUGCGAAAGGUGAGUGGACCCUUGCAAUAUCAGGUGUGCAUCCAGGCAUCUGCCUACCAUAAAGUGCUUCUCUUAAGCCUUGUUUGAAGGGCACAUGUAGUUCUGACGGAACACUGAGUGGAGGUCAUACCAGAACUUGAUCGCAGGAGAAACUUUUGGAACUUUUGAUAAACUUUUAGAAGCGGUAAGAAGCGGCUUAGUUGUUCUUUGGAUAGUCAAGAACAAUGCACCAAGUUUCAUCACAAUCAGAUGAAUGGUGUUGCCUAGAGGACAAACUAACAUUCACUUAUGUAGAAAAAGGUAUAGUUAAAAUUAUUGCCAAUCUUCUUGUAUGUAUCAAUCAACCUUCGAUAACUCAAUAUGAAUAAAAUCCUAAGUGUUUGAAAUGUUAUCUUAGAAACGGUUACGUAGAUCACAAUUAGUAAAGGUGAGAUCACGGAUAUACGACGUUUUGUCUCCAAUGUCUCGCCAUAACCCUGUAUAUAUCUCGAUAUUUGUACGACUAUUACAGUGCAAAGUCCCCAAGUACCACAAGUAUUCGGUGAAAAUAUUUUUUUAGGCAGAGGUCUCUUGAAAACGUUUGGCGUGUUUCAAAACAAUCGACUCAGAUUUUAUUUGGUAACUUCAGUAGUAUUUUUUUUUUGUUUUCUAUUAAGUAUUAUGAUGCUGAUUUUAAAAUAAAUGGGAAUUCAAACUUUCCACUGAUAUCUCAUUACUUUUAAUCGAUCGUAAAUUUAGAUGUAGUUUUUUCGUUUUCUUUAUUAAGAUAAGUAUUGAUUUUAAUUUUAAUAUGACCGUCCGUACUCGACAUUCCGCUAGUUGUAAUAAUAUUAUGUGUAGGUUUUUUUAUUCCAUUAUUAGUAGAUGAAUAAUUAUUAUACUAUUAUUUUUAUUUCGUUUCUUGACAAAUUUAUAUUUCGAAGGAUGCGAUUUAGGGUUUCUAUGCUAAUGCUUAAUAAAAGAAGCGUAAUUCGAUUUUAUAUUUUUAUUUAAAUUUAACAUUUCUUUUGAUUUUUGCGAGAUGUAAAUAUGAUUAAAACUUAUUUAUUUCAAAAUAUCAUUCCAUAUUAUGGGUGAAUAUGAUCAUAAUAAUAUGAUUAUAUUGAAAAGAGAUUAUUGUAAAAUAAUAUUCAGCUUAUUCAGAGGUGUGGGUUUGAAAAAAAAAAGAAGUUACUACGUUAAUAGGAGUCAAAAUAAAGCGACUAGAACAUUCAAUGAUAUUAAAUGUGCACACACACACACACACACACACACACACACGCACACCCACGCACACACACACACACACACACACGCACACACACACGCUCACACACACACACACCCGAACACACACACACACACACAAUUAUAAUUAAUUAUACGAAAUAUUAAUUUGUUAAUAUUCCGUGAGAAUAUAUGUCGUACGUUUAGUACAUGUCAUGGUUCCCACCAGGUGCCUGCUCGUCAAACCACAAAAUUUCUGUCCCGAAUCGAAAUAGGCGGAUGCAAUAUCGAUUGUUCUAGUUUGACGUGCGAAUCGGGAAGCCAUCCCGCAGCGGUUUCCGGUAGACAAUAGGACCAUUCCAUCUCUUUGGGGAAUUACGCGAUCGCUAACAUAUUAUCAACGACCGAUAUAUCACUCUACGUUCGAUUCAAUGUUCACUAAAUAAUAUUUUUCGAUAAUCGAUUUUGAUUCGAUAUCAUUUAUUGAUAAUUUUACUUUUUUUUAGUUUAACACAGUUGUAAUGUAAAUGGAAUAUAUUAUAUUUAUAGUAUGUAUCGUAUAAAAUAUUAUGCAUACGUUUAGUUUAGUUUCUUUAGUAAUUAAAUUAAUUUGGGCCGGAUUGCUACUUAAAAUAACUCUUGCGGCAUAAUCGCACUUAAUUAAUUUAAGAUGUAGUAGUAUGAAUUACACGAAUUGUAGAAUAAUAAAUACUAUUAAUAUAGUCAGUAAGUUGACCAACAAAACUUUGUUUUCAUAAAUCAGCUUUCUUUCAAAAUUUUAUUAUUAGAAUAUUGAAAAAUGUCAUCAUUACAAUACAUAAAGUUUAACAAUACAGGCGAGCGAAAGAUUAUUGUUCAUUAUUUCUGAAAUUUUAAAUUUAUUAAACCGACGCUUGAAAGGCAAACGUGACUAAGCGACAAUAACUGCUUUGUACAUAAAUGAUAGGCAAUAACCAUAUUCGAUGCGCAAAAAAUAUAUAUAUCGUCUAGGUCUAUUAAAAUCAUUUCAAUCCUACAACUACUUAAGCUAGAUUCUACUACAGCUAGAUUCGUUAAAAUAAAUUUUGUUUUCAGGUAUUUCAACUUUAAAUAAUUUAGUCUACUGCAAAGUUCACGCAUUGUCGCUUAGUCACGUUUGCCUUUCAAGCGUCGAAACGUAUUAAAUACCUAUUCAAGAGUGCUCACGCCUCUUAAUCAGGUAAACUAUGGUUAUAUUUUUAAUGGUUAUUCACAUUCUCAAUAAUAUGUGUCAUUUAUUAUAUCAAAUAUAUAUUAUAGAUAGUUAUAGAUAGAUUAACGUUAUAAUAUUAUUAGUUUUACGAAAGCAUUCUAGUGUAGGUUUAGACGAUAAUGUUUUGUAUAUUUCGAAGCCCUCAGGAACUCCGUCCAUUACUUAGGGUCAAAAAUAUAUUAGGUAAGUAUUAAAGAUAUUACUAGUGUUAUUGAUAGCUGUAUUUUAACGUAAAAAUGUUUAAUUUUGAAAAAUUUUCGUAUUAGGAGAUUUAGGGAACUUAGUUUUAGUUGAACGUUUAAAAUAUUGUUUAGCGUUGAUUGUAUAUCGACUAUAGCUUAGACGAUUUCAAGAUCCCGCACAUUAACCACAGCAUACAGGUACGCGAUUCUAGCAUCCUCAAGCUAUCCCAAUUAGUUUCAGAUUGUCCUUACCGCAUUCAUUUUAUUAAAGCAUAAUGUCUGUAUUAUAUUUGCAAGUUUCCUCAGGAGGUAGUUUGUAAUCUACGAAAAUAUAAAACCGUUGUUUUUUUUUUACAGUAAAUUAUAACUUCUAUAGAAAAUUAUAAUAGAAUCCGCUUUAGUCGAGAUUAGUUGAAAAGUCAAUAUUCUUUCAUGCGACUAAAGAUCUAGUUGUGGUGAUUAAUUAAACUAAACGAUGACCGAGCUUUGCUUGAUGAGCGAGCGACGCUCGGUUUUUUUUUUAUAACGCCAUCUUGUUGUGUUUUUAAAGCAGUUAGUUGCUCUCAAUUAAGAAAAAUAGUAUUAUUAUUCGCCAAUAGAUGUCGGGAAGAGUCAUAAAGUUGAUUGUCGAUAAAGUUGAUUAUUGAAAACACGAAUAAAACAACAUUUUCUAAAAAGUAAAUCGUAGCUAGAUCGAUUUAUCGCCCCCGAAAUCCUCUGUAUACAAAAUUUUUUGAAAAUCGUUGGAGCCGUUUCCGAGUUUCAGAUUAUAUACCUAUAUAUACAAGAAUUGCUCGUUUAAAGGUACAAGAUAAGAUUUAGAUUGGAACGUAUCGAGUGAUGUAAGUGAUUUCUUUUUAAUAUUAUUAUGAUGAGUAGCUUCGUAGCCACGGGGAUGAAGAUGAACUUAACCAAUCACUUUCAAUAACAUAGCGUUAAAAUUAAAAUUUCACUCUUGUUUGACGGUAGUCAGAUAAAAUCGAAUUAAUAUGUUGCUUAGUAAAUAGCACUAUUUAAUAUUAACUAUAUUAUCUGCACUUUUAAUGUACGUCCUAUUUGUUUUGGAUAUAGACAAAUUUAGAUUAUGGUCUAAAUAUACGAUCAUUAUAGAUGAUUAUUAAAAAAAUCUUUGUCGCGGAAUCAGACAAUGAAACUUCUCUAUACGUUUUAUGAAUUUUUAGGUGUAAUAUUACGGUAGCGUUUAAAUAAAUUAAGUAAAUAUUAAUUAAUAUCUAUUAAAAUAGUUAAGUUUAAAAACAUUUAGAACUACUUUACACGUGUAUUUUUAUAACGAACUCACGUUAUACAUAUUAAUGACUUUAAUAUUGUUUACAUUUCGAAAUUAACGGAAAGAAAUGGGUUUUGAAUAAUGUUAUAUUAUAUAGGUCCCUUAAAGAUUGUGUUAAUUUUUGUUCAAUUGAUAUUAUUAUGCUUUUAGAGAGAAAAAAACGAAGUAUCUUUAUGAUUGUAAUGUAGGAAGAUUCACGCAAUUUACUAGGGUAUGAUUAUAUUGUUCAGGAUAAUAUGAUAUGGACCGUUUAUUUUGAAAGUGGUGUAAGUCCAUUUUUGAGAAAAAUGAGCUAUCACGUAAUUCAUGCUUAAUUUAAUGUAAUUUUUUUUAUAUAUAACUAGUCCAUGUUUAAUUUCUCAAAAAAAUCCCAUGUUUUGUACAACUUAAAAUCGGUCGGUAAAUGAAAUUGUAUAAUCAUCGAUUAUGAAAGUGGUGUAAGUCCAAUUGACAGAGGUAGGUGGCAUAGCCAGACCUCAUAUGAUUUGCCUGUAUUUUUAAAUCAACAAAUAUGGUAACCUUUAAUUUUCUCGAAACAAAAGAAAAUGGACUUACACCACUUUCAAAAUAAACGGUCCAUAUGUGUUUUUACGUUUCGGGUGUAUACUUAAUAUGCAUACAAUAAUCUAAAAUAAGUUCCCUAUUGUCAAUUAACUAACGGAGUUAAUAAAAAUUAAAGCAUUUUCUGUUAAAGUAAGUCUCUACUUAUGGUUCUGAUGUGAAUAAACAAUUUCUCGUUAGACCAAAUAAAUUUGUAAACGUCAACGCAAUACUCUUGACAUAUUAAUUUUAAUGCUUUUUUUUUAAACUAUUCGAGUGAUGUCUAAAAUUGUUAUAUAUAAUUAUCGUUUCUCUAUUGUCAUUAAUUUCAUGUCUCUAAACCUUGAUCCGAAAGAGUGGGUGUUCAGCAUAAAAUUAUUUUAUCCACAAUAGAUAUAUUUUACGUAAUCCAAUCGAAUCGUUAUUAGCUUGGGAUAAGAUACAUAUUCCGUAAUCUCACCGAAAUAAAGAAAGAUGUAAUGAUUUGAAAUUAUAAUUAUGUUAGUAGUUGGUUGUAAUGUUAGUAAUUGGAGCAUGUUUUGUAAAUUCACCUUAAUAUUCGAAAGGUUAUUGUGAGUUUAAAGUUUUUAACUAAUAAAAUAUUCUGUACGUAA